AUGGGGUGUUUAACUUUUUAUGGAUCGACCAAGCUGGGCACAAAAUACUGGAACGAUUAUUGUCAAAAGUGGUACGACUUGUCUUUGACUGAGGAUGAGCUUGAGGAAUCGUACCAGUACUACCAGGACCAUGCUACAGACCCGCUUGCAUCGAAUCCCGACUUCAACUCCACCACUGACAAUAUGACCACACCUCUUGCAAUUAAUGGCAGCCAGGCACUGUUGUACCGAGAAUCCUACCAGGUCUUCUUGGGCAACUACGACCACUCCAUCUACUACGGUGUUGGAGCCGUCUCGUACUGGUUUUUCAUUUUUUUGUUGGCUGGUGUGGCCAAUUGGGGGUUUGUGCUUUUGCCAGGUUUGAAGAACUUCUUCAACGGAAGGGUGUCUAGGGCCUGGAGAAGGUACAUUACAGUUCCAGCAUUGUGGUCAAGAAAGAGACAAACACAGCAGGAUUUCUUGGGUGGUUUUCUCAGCUACCUCGUUCCUUCGAGAAUGGAAUCGCUCAUACUCAUCGUCUUCUUCUGGCUCGUGUUUGCCAUGUUGAUAGUCGAGAUUCGCUACCUUCCAAACGACCCAUUAUUCACUGCAAAGAAAGAGGCCAUCACUCGUUAUGUGGCUGACAGAACAGGCAUCGUUGCUACCAUGACGGUUCCCUUGCUUAUUUUGUUCGGCGGAAGAAACAACAUUCUCCAAUGGCUCACUAGAUGGAGCUUUGCAUCUUUCAUUACCUACCACCGUUGGAUCGCCAGACUUAUGGUUGCCAUGGCUUUUGUUCACUCCAUCUGCUUCACGGCACUUUAUGUCAUGGACGGCAUUUAUUUUGAGGAAAUGGCCGAGACCUAUGUUGUCUGGGGCAUUGUUGCAACCACAUGCGGUGCUCUCAUCUGUUUCCAGGGCUUGCUUUUCCUCAGAAGAGCCUACUACGAAACGUUCUUGGUGAUCCACAUUGUCCUUGCUGUGUUUUUCGUGGUUGGACUUUGGCAGCACAUUUCGCUGCUCAACUAUCCUCAGCUAGUGUAUCCUAUAUUUGCCGUCUGGGGCGUGGAUCGCUUGGUGAGGGUUAUCAGAUUAUUUUGGUUCGGUUUUCCGCUAGCCAAAGUUGAACUCAUUGCCGAUGACGCUGUGAAAGUGACGGUUCCAAAACCAAAUCAUUGGACUUCGAUCCCUGGAGGUCACGCCUGGUUGCAUUUUGCUCUGGGCUGGUACUUCUGGCAGUCACACCCCUUCACAUUUGUGGAAGUCGAGGAGAAAGAAGGCAACUGCAUUGUCUUCUACUGCAAAGUGAAAAAUGGAGUCACCAAGAAAAUCGGCAAGAAGUUGGCAAACGUUCCAGGCAGAACGAUAUUUAUGAGGGUUGGUGUGGAAGGACCAUAUGGAGAAAAAAGCCCAGUGAGUCGCCACUCAAGCGUCACCUAUAUUGCCGGAGGUAAUGGUAUUCCAGGCAUUUUUGCCGAGGCCUUGCAUCUGGGCAGAGACGUUGCCAAGAGAUCCAUCCAGAAUCAGAAAGUAAAGCUUGUUUGGAUCUUGAGAGAAGCAAAGUCGCUUUCGUGGUUUAUCGACGAGCUAAAAUUGAUGCUUUCCUUGCCCGUGGAGACCACGAUUUACAUCACAAGACCAGAUAUGCAAGAUGGGAUCGAGGAGUUGCAGUCGGCCCUUCACAAGGACAGCAUGGAAAAAGUGCCCCACUCCAUCUCCUCAAGCAAGUCAGUCCACUCGGCCGAUAAGGAUGAGGAAAAAGAGUUGAAGGUUAAGGUUGAGACAGAGGGAAUUGAAAUUAUGGAGCACAUUCGGCUGGCACUCCCACAUGUGGAAAUAUUCGAAGGAAGACCCGACCUUUCUCAAUUAAUUCAUAAAGAUGUGGAAGAGGCUACGAGCUCAGCAGCAUUCGUCACCUGUGGUCAUCCAGCUAUGGUGGACGACGUCAAAUACACCGUAUUGAGAGCGAUGGACAAGACAGAGAAGCGGAUCGAUUUCUACGACCAAUUACAGGUUUGGGCAUGA